CAAACUUUUGGCCUGUACUGUAUAUGUAUAUAUAUACACACACACACAUAUAUAUAUAUAUACAUAUAUAUAUAUAUAUAUAUAUAUGUAAAUGUAUGUGUAUAUACGUAUAUAUGAAUAUAUGACAUAAAUUAAUGGAAAUUUGCGGGACGUUUUUGGCCAAGUUGCUUGUUGCCUUUAAAGGUUUAAUGUUUGUAAAAGGGGGUUUUGCUCAGUGGUGCAAAAAUAAAAGUUGAAAUUAAGGAGGGCAACAUCAGGUCUGAUACUUGUGAUGAAGGGUUAUACUUUAUUUUAAUAGUCUGACAAGAAGAAUCUCCUGAACAAAGCAGGUUGUUGACAGAGUUUCCUGCUUUAAUAAACUGAUUGCAUUUUAUUUUUACACAGGAAGUAACUGAGGUGUAACUCUGCCUUUGUUACUGUAGUUUGUUUUUCUGGUUUUAUAUGAGAACAUGAUGUUCAUAGGUGUUUCAUAUUCUGUAUAUUGAUCUACCAUCAUCUUUUGAAUUUGGUUCAUUGUUUUCUCUGAGCUCUGAAAAUGUCAUUAAAUAUUUGUCUUUGUUCAAACUGAGUUGGUUAAAUCAGUAAAAAGCAGUGAGUGUUUCCCAAACUGAGAGGAUUUAAUAAAGAGCGCUUUAUGUGUCUUUAAAGAUUUUUGCUGUUUUUUUCUCUUUUUUAAAUUUGUUUGGCCGAUUGAAAAGAUAACAUUCUCUCUAAACCCGAGGCAUGUCUUCUUCAAACAUCUUUUCUGAUUCUUUUUUUUUUUUUGCUUUAAUUGUUAAUUGACAAUUAAAUGAUCAAAUAGUGUAUGACAUUAAAAAAACAUUGUGAAAUGCAAAACAAUGAUAACCUUAUGGUUUUAAGGGUAUAAUUAAGAACCCUUAAUUCCCUUACUUCCUGCGUGUUUUCUGAAUAAACCUGUGAUCUGGACUUUUAUUUUGAAGGAGAGCAGCUGAGCUGCCCCGGAAGCUCUAUUCUUUCCUGUGGCUAACUUGACAGUGUUUGAACAAGAUGGCGUCGAGCAGAAACGUCUGUUAGCAGAGUGUCUUUGUUGUGUUUUUAAAGUGUGAAGAUGUGUAAAGUCCAAAUGCUGAGAGCGUUGGUGAAGCAGCGACUAACUGCGGCUGCUGAAGAGAUAUUUGGGCUGUUUGAAAGAACGAUAGCAGAGUACGAGGAGCAACUUUGUCGCUCAAAAGAGGAGAACGAGCGACAACGGAAACUACUGGACGCUGUUUACAACCCUCAGCUCAGGUUACACAGAGCAGACGUCCAGCAGCUGUUGGUGGUUAAAGAAGAGGUUCCCCCUGAGCAGCAGGAGUGGAGCUCCAGUGUGGACCAGGAGGACCCAGAGCCCCCACACAUUAAAGAGGAAGAGGAGGAACUGUGGAGCAGUCAGGAGGGAGAGCAGCUUCAAGGGCUGGAGGAGGCUGAUAUCACCAAGUUCACAUUCACUCCUGUCCCUGUGAAGAGUGAAGAUGAUGAAGAGAAACCUCAGUCUGAGGGACACCACUGUGGAGGACCAGGACCACCACCAGGACCAGGACCAGACAGGAACUCACAUCCAGAUUCUGAGGACAAGACUUCGGACUCCUCUGAAGCUGAGACUGAAACAGACUGGAGGGACAGGAAACCGUUUCGCUGCUCUGUUUGUGCUAAAACAUUUAAACACAGAGGGAACCUGAACAUGCACAUGAGAACUCACACGGGAGUGAAACCGUUCAGCUGCUCCUUGUGCGGUAAAAGGUUCACUCAGAAACCGGGUCUGGACUACCAUCUGAAAACCCAUACGGGAGAGAAACCCUUCAGCUGCUCUGUCUGCGGUAAGACGUUCCGACACAAAGGAGCCGUGACGUACCACAUGGCGACCCACACAGGAGUGAAACCGUUCAGCUGCGGCGUCUGCGGCAAAAGAUUCCGGCGGACUUCACAGCUCAAAGCCCACAGGUGCGUCAGUGAAUAUUCGCGCCUUCGCAGAGGCGAUGAACGCAAGACACCAUUGAACUGCUCUGAGUGCAACGCCACGUUCCCCAACAACUACCUCCUGGUGAUGCACAUGCGGAUGCACAAAGGGAAGAAGCUGUUCACCUGCUCCGUCUGCGGACAGAAACGGCAGUUCAGUUCACAUCUGGAGAUCCACAUGAGAACCCACACAGGAGAGAAACCCUUCAGCUGCUCUGUGUGUGGUAAGACAUUCUCGCAAAGAGGGAUCAUGUCGCAGCACAUGGCGGUCCACUCGGGCGUGAAGCCGUUCAGCUGCGGUGUUUGCGGCAGGAGGUUCUUUUGGCAUUUCCAGAUCAAGAAACACAAGUGUCUCGGCGAGUCCUUGCAGCGAAGGAGAGCCGGCUUUAAUGGAGAGGGCUGUAGAGAACCAGAACCAGCCUGCUCAGAUCCACAACCAGAUACUGAUAAAGAUACCAGACCAUCUCCAAAAACUGAUGACAAUGUUGACAUCGAGUUUUGGAAAGAGACUCGGCAGCAUCAGUCAGGGUUUACUUACGGAAGGACUAAAAAAGUCUCUGUAAAUGAUGGCUGCUCUGAUAACAAGGCUGAAAAUAAACUUGGUGAGGUCGGCAGUGAUUUUUGCAGACCGCCUCAGAACUAUGUGAAAACUGAGGGCAAAACUGUGACUAAAACAGGAAGUAAUAAUACCUAUGAGAAAUCAUUCAGCUGCUCUGAUAACAGGACUGAAACUAAACCAGGCAUUGUCAGCAGUAAUUUUUGCGGUCAGCCUCAGAACAACGUGAAAACUGAUGUCUCUGUGGGUGAAACGGUUAGUAAUAAUACAGACAAGAAACUGUUUGGCUCCUUUGAGUCUCAUGAACGAUCUGAGGACAGUCACACUCCGCCAACCAACAGGAAACCGUUCAGUUGCUUAAGUUGCGGGAAAGGCUUUGCGUCUGGAGGACAUCUGACGAGACACAUAUCCGUCCACACGGGAGAGAAGCUACUCAGUUGUGUCAUAUGUGAGAAAAGAUUCACCCUGGAGUCGCAGCUCCUGAGCCACCAGUGCGCUGCUGACUCCCCUCAACCUCAUGCUGCCAACAGAUUACUGAUCAGCUCCCAGUGCGGAAAAGGGUCAAACCGUAAGCACAAUCUCCAGGUUCCCAUGAGGAUCCACACGGGUCUGAAACCGUUCGGUUGCUCAGUUUGUGGCAGGACGUUCGCCAAGCGUGAAAACUUGCGUUCUCACAUGAUGUGCCACAGGGGAGACAAACCGUUCUGCUGUUCGGUGUGCAACGCUGGCUUCAUCGACAGCGAGGCUUUAGUCCAGCACAUGAGGAUCCACACCAGACAGACACAGUUCACUUGCCUGGUGUGUGGUAAAGAAUUUGCGUGGAGACGAUACCUGACGAAGCACAUGGAGGUCCACACAAAGGAGAGAAUCUACAGCUGCAGGUACUGCGACCAAAACUUCCUUUGGCAUCAUCAGCUGAAGUACCAUCGAUGUGCCGCUCAGUCAUCCACAGACCGUUAUCAGGGUCAAGCUGAUGGAGAGGACUGUGGAGGACCAGAACCAGCCAAGAACUCAGAUCCAGAUUUACGACCAGAUACUGAUGAUAUGCCUGAAGACUCCUCCGAGACCGAGACGGAUGACAGCGAUUGUUGGAACGAGAACAGCGGAUGUCUGAAACCAAAAGUCUUGCAGAAUCAUGAAAUUUUUAACAAUCGCCGGCCAAAGAUUUGUAGCAGAAAUCCCGAAGCAGGGAAACCAUUUUCAGGAAGUCUGAGCCAAAACAUGGCAGCUUGUACAGGCAAGAGGGGGAUGCUGGAGAACCAAGAGCCGCAACACAUUAAAGAGGAGCAGGAGGAACUCUUGGAGGGAGGGCACCUUUAUGGUUUGGAGGCGGCUGAUGUCACCAAGUUUCUGCCCACUUCUGUCCCUGUGAAGAUUGAGGAUGAUGAGGAGAAACCUCAGUCUUCACAGCUUCAUCAAACACAAGCUGAUGGAGAGGACUGUGGAAGACCAGAACCUGCCGAGAACUCAGAUACUGAUGAUAGCGUCAAUAGCGACUUUUGGAAGGAGACCAGAAAAGGUCCAUCAGGUGCAAAGUUGUCAAAGGUCAGGGCCGAACUCGAGAGUGACGGCAGUGUCGACAGCGUUGACAGCGACUUCUGGAAAGAUGACAUGAAACCUCAGCCUGGUUCGAACUCUCCAAAUGACAGCGAGAUUCCCCAAAGUGACCCAGGUUAUAAUGCUCUGAGGAGAGCGCACAGCUGCCCCGAGUGUGGGAAAAGAUUCCUCCACGACUGCAACUUGAAGAACCACAUGAAGUACCACACGGGAGAGAAGGCGUUCUUCUGUCCCAUUUGUGGUCUCAAAUGUCUCUACAGGUCCCACCUGGAGAUCCACAUGAGGACUCAUACCGGAGAGAAGCCUUUCCCCUGCCCAGUGUGUGGUAAAAAAUAUGCACAUAAGGCGAGCAUGCAGUCACACAUGGUCGUCCACACCGAGGAGACAAAGUACAGCUGUAGUGUGUGCGACAGAGGCUUUGCCUGGUACACGGAGCUGAAAUACCAUCAGUGUGUUGGGGAGUCCUCGCAGGAAGAUUUGCAUCGGAGAGAAACCAUGUAGGACAGGGACGAAAUUUCGACUUUUGCAUGUUUGUGCAUUAGAAUAUUUUGUGUUGACUCAUGUCACACGUAUGUGAAAUUGCUGAAAUAAUGAAUGAACUUCCACCAGUACGUACUUGGUGUCAUAGGUCCCCAGAGGAUCUCAAUGCUGAUUGGCUAUUGUGGAGCGAAUUGGUCACUCAAAUUUAGAUUUUUCUACUCACGCAGAUAAGCGCAUGACAAGAAAUCACGCUACUUGCUUCAGUCAUGCUGCUUCAUUUGCAUCAUUUGUGCCAAUCUAGUGUCCAUUGCACCAUGGUCAUGAUUAGGCACAAAUUCAUGCCAGGUGAUGCAGUGGUGACAACCCAAAUGAUGCAAAGAAAGCAGCGCACAUAACAACAAAAUUUUGUGUUCACACUAAACACGGUGCAAAUUUUCGCGUCACGUUAAUUGCGUGAGUUUGAACGCUAGAAUGCUUGAACACUUUUCAUUGAGCAAAAUUUAAUGAAAUGCUUGAUAAAUAACGGCAGUAUGUAAUGAUGUCUGUCAGUGUAUCUUCACACAACAGUUCGUAUGAUAUCCUAUGAAUUUGCACUCCACAAAUGACGUUAUGUCCUCUAUGUCCUAUGUAAGUAACGUAAAGUUAUGGAGGUUAGGUUUAGGAAAAGAAACACGGUGACACGUAUCUUAAAAUGACUCAAAGUUUUCACAGAUCCAAACACCUGACUCUAGGGGAGAGUCCCAUCCACCAGCCCAACCUGCCUUCUUACAAGUGCUCAGGACUGUUUCCUUGUUUUCUGCCAUCAGUGCAUUGUUCACAUGAUCACAGCCUUACAAAAUACAUGGGAUAUGUACAAAUUUGGUGCAUAAAAUGUGAAAACCAUCUUGUUAUAACGGGAAACAUUUCACAUUACCUGAGUCCGACCAUUUUUUGUUGUAUUUUUUGUUUGGCAUUGUAGCUCUAUGCUUCUCUCAUUUCGUGCAUGGAGCUGGAAGUGAUGUAUUGCAGUUUUGUACCACUUCCAGUGUCCGCCAUGUGGCGCUAGAGAAUACACACUAAGCAUUCGUUAUGUUGCUGUUGCGUCAAGUGUGGACCGCACAACGUAAAAUUUACGCCAGUUGAAUUAUUUUUUCUGCAGUCUGUUCUCACAGAUUUUUAAGUACGUUUUCCUACAAAAAACAGCGUACCCAAAUGUGUAUGUAUCCCACGUAUUUUGAAAGGCUGUGAUCACGUGACCAAUGAGCUGACGACAGUAAACAAGGAACCAGUACCUAGCGCUUGUAAAGAGGCAAAUUGGAGUGAUUGAUGGGUCACAAAAAAACGGACUUUCUCCUGGAGUCAUGUGUUUGGAACUUUAAGUCAUUGUAAGGUACGUCCUUACUCUGUUUCUUUUCCUAAACCUAACCUCUGUAACUUUGCAUUAAUUGGAAAUGUACUGAGUGGUAUAUGCACUGGACAGCAGUUUGUAAUGCCGCCAGCAUAUACAGUUAUGUAAAGAGCGAGAACAUCCGUAUAAGGUGGAUGGGUCCAACAAACUUCAGACUUUUACCCGGUAGUCAGCUGUUCAUUUACCGUGUGAAUUUUAAGACAAACCACCAUGUGUAUCCAAACCUAACCACGUGCUUUUGUUCCGAAACUUAAGGUAGUAAACCUGAAAACUGUGUUUUGCCAAAAGUGUACAUUUCCUGUGAAAAUGGAAGUGUAUUUUGAAAUGACACAAUGAAUGUGACAAGCGUAAAUUGACACGGCGUUCCAGAAUGUCCAAAACUGAUGCAGGAGGCUACCCUGAGCAUCACAUUUUGACGUGUAGGUACAUGGACAAAGCAGCGAUAAAUUUGAAUAAGAAUGCAUCGAGGAGAAGGCCUCUCCCUCUGGUCUGUUUUUGUCUCGUUCCGCUGAUCAACACAUUCGAGUAACGCUGACAUAAAUGAAAUGUAUGAAGUGAUUCAACAGAUAAAUCCGAUUUUGGCUGAAUGAUGGUGGCACACAUUUAAACAUAAAUCGUUGACCACUGAGUUUGACUUACUGGACUUCUCUGACUUACCUGACUUACUGGACUAACUAGACUUACCGGGUUAAGUUGACUAACAUGCUGCAGCCGAUAAACAGAAACCAGUGCUUUCAAAAUUUUUUGGGAAAACUUGGGCUCCAGAGUUUCUGUUGGGUCACAGGGCAUACCGAACAUGUGAUGCACCAAACCGAAUGUCCUGUACCCAACAGUUCAGAAUGAAUACAUGUCCUGUCACACCACUACUGAACCCUCUUAAAACUACAGAAGACAACUUUCAUGGUUUAUCAUUCUUCUUCCGCAGAUGACAGAACUCAUACUCGGACUUUUCUUGGGGAACUUCCUGUCUGUCUCUGUUCCUAACCCUCAUCAUACCAGAUCAACAGGAAGGUCGAUGACGGAAGAUGUUCGGUGUCUGAAUUUCACUGUCAACAUAAUUCAUGAGCAGUGUAACACUUUAAAUAUUCAGAUUGAUCUCAGGUCUUAUUGUUCUGAACUUGUUGUACUUUAAUCAUAAAUUCAAAUCAAAUAGCUGAAUUCUGACAGAUAUUUUAUCAACUUUAUUUUACUUGGAAAUUAGCUUGAGUUAAUAAAAUGUGA